AUGGCGACGCGGAACCGGACGCCGCUCUACCGCAAGUACCGCGACGCGCUGCGGCACGUCCGCGCGCCGGCCGGGGCGCCGUCGUCGUCCGGCGGGGGCGGGGGCGGGGGCGGGGGAGGGCCAGUGAUCGAGAUGGCCUCGCUGCUGCUCUCCGACCGCCCCUACGCGCCCCUCAGCACGGAAGACCCCUCUGGCUCCAGUAGAGGCGCUGUGACAGUCGGGCUACCCCCAGCCUGGGUGGAUGUUUCCGAAGAGAUAUCUGCAAACAUGCAGCGGGCAAGGACAAAAAUGGCGGAGCUGGCUAAGGCACAUGCCAAAGCCUUGAUGCCAUCCUUUGGCGAUGGCAGAGAUGACCAACGAGCAAUUGAGGUUCUCACACAUGAGGUAACGGACUUGCUCAAGAGGUCCGAGAAGAGGCUGCAGAAGCUGUCCAUGAAAGAUUCGUCAGAGGAUUCAAAUGUCCGAAAGAAUGUCCAGCGUUCUCUUGCUACAGACCUGCAAAACCUGUCAAUGGAGUUCCGGAAAAAGCAGUCAUCAUAUUUAAAGCAGCUUCGCCAACAAAAAGAGGGUCAGGAUGGUGUUGAUUUGGAAAUGAAUAUAAAUGGGACGAAGUCUACAUUUGAAGACGAUGAGUCUGACGAUGUGGGUUUCACUGAGUUUCAGAUGUCAAAACUUAAGAAAAGCGAAGCGUUCACUAGAGAAAGGGAGAGAGAAAUUGAGCAGGUUGUUGAAUCAGUCAACGAACUUGCACAGAUCAUGAAGGAUCUUUCAGUUCUUGUGAUUGAUCAGGGAACCAUCAUCGAUCGGAUAGACUACAACAUACAGAACGUUGCUGCUUCAGUUGAGGAGGGUUACAAACAGUUGCAAAAGGCUGAGAGGACCCAGAAGAAAGGGGGCAUGGUGAUGUGUGCCACUGUCCUUGUCAUUCUGAUCUUCAUCAUGAUAGUACUUCUGAUUUUGAAGAAGAUAAUUUUCUGA